AUGCAACAGAACUCCUAUACUGCUUGGCCGUCAGCUUUACAAACAGCAGGCACCGUGAAACAUGUUCGAUGCUGUCCCGUGAGUUGUUCGACAUGUGGUUUCCAGGAGCUUAUCAGCCCAGAAAAAGGAGGAGGUGGUGGCAAAGCCAAGGGCUUCGAGGUGCAGAGAUUCGGGGAUUCGCGAUGUGCACUCAUCGGAUUUCCUUCAGUCGGGAAAUCGUCCCUUCUGACGGCUUUGACUGGAGUGCAGUCCGAGGCAGCAGCCUACGAGUUCACCACUUUGACCUGCAUCCCAGGUGUCAUCAACUACAAUGAUUGCAAGAUUCAGCUUCUUGACCUGCCUGGCAUCAUCACAGGCGCUGCACAGGGCAAAGAUGCCUUGAGUUUUGCAUGCUUUUCGCGGGCCAUGCCUGCACUGAGUUUCUGGUGCAGCGCAGGAUGGUUCUCUGGGUUCGUGGUCGCACUCAAUGCGGACUGUCAUCAGGAAGCCCUUCCUUGCGAUCACGGGCACCGCUGCGUGGAUGCAAGCCGCAUCUGUGAUGGCCUACUGGACUGUGUGGAUGCAUCCGACGAAGCGAACUGUGGGACUGCAGGUCAACCACCCGGCCCUGACCACGAAAGUUAUCCUGGUGACGUCAUGUCGGUGGCCGCUCUGGAGCAGGCAGAGCUUGCAAGGACGGUAGCACGCGCACAUCGCCGCGAGCAAGAUGGCAGGAAAAGGGUCGAGCAUGAGAAGAAACUCCAGGAGUCACUUUUGCAGGAAGCGCGGAAGGCACUCAGAAGAUCAGAUGAGGAGAAGUCGAGAUGUCAAAAUGCUGAGCAGGGGACGGAGUGUUUCAGUCACGUGCUCUAUGCAAUGAGCCACGGCAUCUUCGAACAUCCAAAUUGGUAUCCCGGCCUUUCCUCUGAUUCUGACUUCUCCGACUUUCAGGCACUACUGCAUUUGUUGCCGCAAAACGGCUGCCCGAGGCCUUGCAGGGGUGGGACCUGUCUGCAAUUGCGCUUGCAGCCGCUCUGCCUGCUGCGCGUGGACUGGCUUCAGCAGGUGGAGCUAAUCCAGCAUCCGGCCUGGUACCCGGAGCUCACCGCAGCAUCCAGCAAGCGGGAGCUUGCCAAGAGUUUGUGGCAGCGGGGUGAUCCGAACUGCUUUCGGCCCUGUCAUUUGGGCGAGGAGAACGACCCUCACUUGCUGGAGCUCGUUCGUACGCCAAGGCAGAAGGAGGGCACACAUCUGCGUUCUGCCAGCAAGCCGCACCCCGGAGCCGCGGUCGCGCAGGCAGCCACUCCGGUGUCUGAGCGAUGCGACGAACAUGGAGUCACCUACUUGCCCUUGGACAUGCCGGGGGUGGUGCCACAGUUCGCGGAGACGCCUCGGAGCUGCCAGGAGCUUUGCUCCUACCAGCCCGGUGCUGCCUACUACAGCUUUGAUAGGCCGACGAGCACUUGCCACUGUCAAGCAGCGGAGGUCGGUAUGCGCCAUCAAGGAAGCUGGGGCUUCGUCAGCGGCAGCGUCGGAUGCAACGGGGUGGCACUUCACCCAGACACGCAGCUGAUCGUCCACUACUUGGACAUCGGUUGUUACCAGGCCGGAGUCUUCUUCAGCGGGGCGGCAAGCAGCGAGUCGUAUGAGGCGAACUCCCUGCGAUGCCAACGGCGCUGUCAGACAGCUCCCGAGCUUUGUGAGCAUUUCGUGUACUUCAGCCGUGGCCUCGAUGCUUUUGGUGUCGAAAGCGACUUGACGGCCAUGGCAGUGCGCUCUAGAAGUGAGGCCUCCUCCAAGAGCUCUAGCAGCGGCGUUCGGUUUCAACCCGAUGUGGACUUCGACGACCGAGAGCUCAACGUGCUCCACACGGCAUCGAUUACUUCUUCCGCUUCCACCUCGAAGAAGAGAGUCGGCCAUGCCCUUGCCGGGGACUUUAUCCGUGCCAAGACGGUAGAUGCGGCCACCCACAGCGGAGGUGGUGGGCCCUCGGUCUGCCAAAGGCUCACCAAGAAGCUACGCAAGACCAACUAUGUCAACAACAUUAUGGUAUUGGUGGUUUUGCUGGAUGCCUACUGCAACGCAGCCAGUAUCGAUGCAAGAGCUGCCGGGAAUCAGACCCCACAACUUUGGACAGUCUUGUCCGAUGUGUGUCUGGUCUUGUAUAGCCUGGAGCUGGCUCUGCAGUUCUAUCUGGAUGGAAUCGCUAUCUUGCGAAGAGGUCUAAUAAUGAUGGAUGUUGUUGUCAUCUCAGCCGGGUAUAUUGAAGUCAUGCUCGAUCUCGUUGCACCAGGUAACGAAUAUGCGAAUUUGGGCGUGCUGAGCAUACUGCGCUUGGCGCGGGUGCUGCGAUUGCUGAAACUGCUUCGUAAGGUUAAAUCCCUGCGGGAACUGCAAAAGUUAGUGAAGAUGAUGCACACUUGCAUCAAAGCGCUCUUUUGGUCCUUUAUUUUCUGCUUUGUCGUUAUGACCAUAUGGGCCAUGCUGAUAGUUGAAUGGAUAGACCCAUAUGUGCGAGACAUGGUCGAGGAAGGCCUUUUUGAGGAAUGUGGUGUAUUCUGCGAAACGGCAACCACCUCGGUCAUGAAAGCGAACUUGCUCCUUUUUAAGACCGUCAUAGCAGGUGACAGCUGGGGACAGAUGGCCGUGCCCGUGAUCCUCAUGCAUCCCGAGACUGCCGUCAUCUUCGUGGGCUCCUCGCUGACCUUAGUCUUCGGUGUCUUGAAUCUCAUCGUUGCAGUAGUAGUGGACACUUUCGCGGAUGCUCGGGAGAGGGACAUCCUGAAUCUGGCAGAGGAGCUGGAGCAGGACGUGGCUGCAGACAGGAAGUUCCUACAAAAGAUAUUUGACCGAAUCGACGAGGACGGAACGGGUCAGCUAAGCCUGGAGCAGCUGGUGGCGGGGGCCCGGCAGGAUGCCGAGUUCCAGAGCCGACUGCGUAUCAUGGACAUCGAUGAAAUGGAUUUGGUGGAGCUCUUUCAAAUGAUCGACACGGAUGGGUCUGGCGCGAUAGAAGCUCCGGAAUUCAUAAAGCCGUUGAGCAGGUGGGUGCAUGACUCGAAGACAGCGCCGCGAUUUAUUAAGUACAACAUGCUGCGAACGAUGCACCAGCAAGAAGAGCUCCAGAAGCAGUGUGACACAAACUUUGAAAACCUACACACAAAAAUUGACAGACUUACCCUGUCGAUGGAUCGCCUGAUGGCGGGUGUUCCCGCAACAGCUACAUCGAAGUCCUUUGCUGCGCACUGGGUGGGACACACUUCCUUCAUUGAGAGCAAUGGCUCGAACCUGGACAUCCAUGAUUUGGUGGAGCAGCCACAUGCAUCGAAGAGGGUCGCUUUAAAGGAGGGCAGUGUGAACUUGGAGGAGGCACUGGAGGCGGCUGUGGUCAGGCUGCGGGGCAUGGUUCUUGAGGUCACCGACCAAGCCUUGCAAUGUGCUUCUGCAGGAAUGGGAGAGUUGCUCCGAGAAGGCUUGGACAGCCACUUUGGCCAUUUGUCGCCAGCCGCGGACACGAAGCGUCAAGGAUGUCAAGGGCAGCGCUCCUUGAGAGCUUUGUCCACGAGGACGACCUUCGACAGCAUCUACUCAAGCCAGGAUAUGGCCAACGAACGGAAGCCGCUCGACGAGCCAGUGUUGCUGGUGCCAACUUCCGGACACGCAGAACUCGGCGAGGACACUUACACUGCACCUCCCGUGCUAUUCACUCAAGACAGCGUUGGGCUUCAACUUGCCCCACAGUCUCCAACCAAAACAUAA